GUGAUCACUUUCGCGCAGACUCAGUGGGGACAGUCUAACACGGAAGAAACGACAGUUUGGGAUAGACAUUUUUUUUGCACACUUUUGAAAUGCGGAGUGACGUUUUUUAGAGUUGGUCGCCUGGGCUUUUCUUAACAACACCUGGUAUUCACUUUGAAAGCUGAUUCAUAGUAGAGAAGCCUCGAUGAGGAAACAGCGCAAGAAGUAGCGACAAGUCCCUUGUGGCGCGAGCAACAGCUCCUCUUUAGCGUUGAUUAGCGUUUCAACCAGCACUGCCGCACAGACGAGGGCAACGACUCUCACUGGCACUGAAGAAGCAAGGUCUAUGAGACGUUGAAUCAUGCGAUUAACAGCCCCCCUGCGAGCUGCGGCCGUGCUGCUGCUGGUGGGGCUCACCUGGCUGCUGGCCACCUCCCUGUUCGGAGGCCACGGCGCCUCCUCUGUGCGCAACUUCUUCAGCGGUGCUAGUGAGAAACCAACAGCUGCUGAACCCCGCCCCCGAAAGUACAAAUGUGGCCUUUCCGCUCCCUGUCCCGCAAAGCACUUGGCUUUCCGCCUGGUGUCUGGUGCCGCCAACGUCAUAGGGCCCAAGAUCUGUCUGGAGGAUAAGAUGCUAAUUAGCAGUGUGAAGAACAACGUUGGCAGAGGACUCAACAUAGCCUUGGUGAAUGGAGUGACCGGGGAGCUGUUGGAUAUAAAGACCUUUGAUAUGUGGGCAGGAGAUAUUUCUGACCUGCUGAAGUUUAUCCGGCCGCUCCAUGAAGGAACACUCGUGUUUGUGGCUUCCUUUGACGAUGCAGCUACAAAGUUGAACGACGAGUCGCGGCGCCUGUUUGAGGAUCUGGGGAGCACGGCCGUGAAGGAGCUGGCCUUCAGAGACAGCUGGGUGUUUGUUGGAGCCAAAGGCAUUGAGAAUAAGAGUCCCUUUGAGCAGCGGAUGAAGAACAGUAAGAACAACAACAAGUAUGAAGGCUGGCCCGAGUCUCUGGAGAUGGAUGGCUGUAUUCCCCUGCGGCCCCCCCUGGAAGGAUAGUUCUACCUGACGCUCUCUGGCGUGCAGCAGCAGUGGCUCCGAAUGAAUGUUCACGAGGCCUCAAACUGCAUUUUAUCCCCCGCCUCGUGGUGGUGGUGUGAGUCGACUGACUGCAAGGAUUUUUCUUGUGACUUAAUAUAAUUUAAAUUGCUGUAUCGAGUUAUAAAGAAAUUGUACAUUAAGCUUUGAGACAUUUCUGAGCAGACUGAAUAUUGUAGAAACAAUGACAUUGUGUGUGGUUAAAACCAGCGUGACAGUAGGAAAUGUUCCUUCUCUGCAAGCCCGUCUGUAAGGUGAGAAUAUUCAGUGCACGACAUUUGAUGUCUGCUACAUUAAUGGUUUAAAUGUCCUACCAAGCAUCUGUAGGCAGAUAUUUGUCCGUUAAUUUCUGUUUAUUGUGUUACUCAUAUUUCAGUGAUCUUGUUAUGUCAAGUGUCAGCUGCCAUUUCAUACUUUGAACUUGAUGCACUACCCUUAUUGCUCGCCACAUGUUUACAGAUUGCUUCAGACAAUUCUGGCCUAUCUGGCCUAAAUAUUUAUUUUAAUACUUUAUUAGAAAUUCAUAGUGUGGAUGCAUAAUAAAUACAGCCCAUGGUUAUAAUGGUUUUAAUCCUGCAACCCGGGUGCUUUAUUUUAAUAUUCAAGUGCGUGCGUGUGUGUGCAUGUAUGUUUUUCUUUUAUUAUCACGCUUAAUGUAUCCAUCUGGCAUCUUACAAGCAUAACAUUGAAAGAGAUGUAUACAUAUAAUAUUUGACAUGAACUUUUAAUUUGAUCUGCCUUAUCUGAAUUGUGGUAUGUUACCUUUCAGUGUAAAGAUUUUAUACACAGCGUCGCAGUCAGUCUUUCUAAUGUGACAACAAUAAAACUGAAUAAAACACUA